GCCCCCCGUCCCCGCGCAGCCCCGGUGCGGGCCGGGCAGCGGGUGACGCAGCCGCCCGGAGCGCACAUAAGGGACGAUGCGGGCGGGGGCGCCGGGGCGGCCGCAGGGGUAGCCCGGCACCGGGCACCGGCACCCCGCCAUCAGCACCGCGGACAGCGGGAGCGGGGCGGCCCCGGCGGGGGGGGGGGGGGCACCGGCCCCGGGGUCCCCGUUCUCCCUCCGGUGCCUCCGCGGAGCCCGGCGGGACGGGACGAGGCUGCGCCCGGGCCGGGACCCUGCGGCGGCAGCGCGGAGCGGGGGACGCGACCGGCGAGGAGGCGGAGCAGUGGGGAAGCAAAGUCCAUGGCUCCAGACCAAGAAGUGCUGGGAGAUGCUCAUGUUGUCUCCAGUGGGCUCUGCCUUACUGCCUGAGAGACCUGGAAGACGCAGUGGAAACCAUCUCAGCAUCAGGACCAGCCCAAUUUCUCUGGCACUUGGGGAAAUGGGCUGCAUCCAGGCAAACGCCAGCGUGGCUACUGGGCAAGCAGAGCUGGAAAAGAGCGAGGCAAGAUGAACUGAGACCUAUUGCUGAGGCUGCUUCACAAGGAGGGCUGCCGGCCGACGUCGCCUUUGCCCACCAGUAAGCGGCGGCCGGUGCCAUGGAUGAAGUGACGGAGCUGGAGUUGGGGGGGAACUCCCUCCUGAAGGCAGUGUGGCUCGGCCGGCUCCGGCUGACCCGGCUGCUGCUGGAAGGGGGGGCUUACAUCAACGAGAGCAACGAGAAAGGAGAGACUGCCCUGAUGGUGGCCUGCAUCACCAAGCACGUUGACCAGCAGAGCAUCAACAAGGCCAAGAUGGUGAAGUACCUGCUGGACAACAGAGCCGACCCCAACAUCCAGGACAAGUCUGGGAAAACAGCCCUCAUGCACGCCUGCAUCCGCGGCGCCGGGGGGGACGUGGUGUCCCUGCUGCUGGAGAACGGGGCAGACCCCAGCCUGGAGGACCACUCGGGAGCAUCCGCUCUGGUCCACGCCAUCAACGCUGACGACAAGGACGUGCUGCAGCACCUCCUGAACGCCUGCAAAGCCAAAGGGAAGGAGGUGAUCAUUAUCACCAUGGACAAAUCGGCCUCUGGCACCAAGACCGCCAAGCAGUACCUGAACGUUCCCCCCUCGCUGGAGUUCAAGGAGAGGGCCCCCCCCGAGGGGUGCACAGCACCCUCCAGCGCCCACCUGAAAAAUCCCGUCUCGGCACCUUCCCCCGCUGAGGAGAGCAGCGUUUUCAGCCCGCACCCGUCGCACCCCGGGGACGGUCCCUCUGCCAGGGCGGCCGCCGAGCCCCCCUCCCCGGGCCGCAGAGCCAGCGCGGCCAGGAGAGCCCGCCUGCCCCAGCUGAAGCGGCUGCGGUCGGAGCCCUGGGGUCUGGUCGCACCCUCGGUGCUGGCGGCCUCCGCGCACCGCGACGACACGCAGGUCUGCGCCGACGACGAGGUGAUCAUGGGCAUCGGCGACCUCUCGCUCUCCAAAAAGGCCCCCCUCGCCCGGAGCGGCAGCAGCAAGGGCAAGGACCCCUCUCUCUUCCCCCCGGUAGACGAGCAGGCUUUGAGGACGCCGCCAGCCUCUGGGCCACUGCCGAGGAAAGCAGGCUACGAGAAGAGCCAGCCCACCCACCAGCGCCUGCCCCGCAGGAGCACUGUCCCCGAGGAGCCGGAGAGCGUCGGCCCCGCUGCCGCCGGCUCGGCCGCGGCCAUGGACACGCUGCACUGGCGGAGGCUGGGAGCCGAGCACUACGACUGCGACCCCCAGCUCUCCGGCGUCCCCAGCCCGGCCGAGGCGGGGAAGGUGCCGUCGGAGCGGAGGAAGCUCAGCGGGUCCCACCUGGCCUUGCUGGGCGGCUCCCGGGAGUCCCUGGACAGCAUCGCCCGCACCUCGCCCGGGACCGCCCGGCGCCGACCGCCCGGCUUGCUGGAGAGGCGAGGGUCCGGCACCCUGCUGCUGGACCACAUCUCCCACACGAGGCCGGGAUACCUGCCCCCCCUCAACGUGAACCCCAACCCCCCCAUCCCCGACAUCGGCUCCAACAGCAAAACCCCCUCUCCGCUCGCUGCUGGCCUGAAGUCCCUGGUGCCCGUCGCUCCCAGCUCGCCCUGGCGGGGCGACUUGAGAGCCAAAAGGAAGCUUCUCCGGAGACACUCCAUGCAAGCGGAGCAGAUGCGGCAGCUCUCCGAUUUUGAGGAAAUAGUGGCCCAGUAGCCAUGCCACCGUUUGCUUCCCAGGAAGGUCACCAAACCAGUGCUGUCCCUGCAGAAACGUGACGGUUCCCUCACAGAGUGGUCGCUCGGCCCCGGGGAAGCGC